AGACUGAUCACGCACCAAAAUCAAAACAAUGCAUCCAAACAUUGACAGAUUCCAGAAAGUGUUAUUCUUCAUAAUCAGUGUUCAACAAUGAAGAUUACGCUACUUCUUCUCAUCUGCUGUGUGACAAUUGCUAAUGUGGAUGCCGUCUUGAACGAUUUUAUGCGAGUAGGCCAUUAUAAAGGUUAUAUUGGAUGUUUUGUUGACGAUCGUCACAGAUUGUUAAGGCAUUAUGGAGGAGGACAUCAUAUGACUCUUGGCAAGUGUAGACAUCUCUGCAAGGGAUAUAAAUAUCUUGGACUACAGUUUGCCUGGCAGUGCUUCUGUGGUAAUCAUCUUAACUAUCGGGUUUAUCCACAAUCAUCAGAGUUACAGUGCAACAUGCCAUGUAGUGCAGAAUCACAUAGGAUGUGUGGCAGCGGUUGGAGAAAUUCUGUCUACAAAGUUUAGAGAUUUGAGCGACUAAGAAAAGAUUGGACCAACCUACACUUUUUAAUUUUAAUAAAGUAGAAUUUCGAUA